CAAAGGAGGUAGAGUAAAGCACAUGGAUUUUCCAUAACCGGUAGGUAACAAAGCAAAAACGUUUCGCUUGUUCAUUAACCCUUGAAUGACUGCUAAUUGUUCUUUUUUGAGAUGAAAUGGAAAAUUGUACACGCUUUUCAGUGACUCAAAAGUUUCAGUUAUAUCCUUUACGUCCAUAACUCUUUUAAUCUUGACGUCGAACGUCAAACGUAUUCUCAUGACAUUUGGCGCGAAAACACGCGUGUAACAUAGCAGAGAUGGAAUACAAACGAAGGUUGACGCCGGUAAAGACACCGCGGAAAACGAAGGUUUUUCGACCGGUUGGCAGUACUCCUUCAAAGUUCAAAGAUGUUAAAAUUAAAAGUGUCGGAUAUGCCUGUAGAUGCAUAGAGCAUUAUGAAUAUAAGAAAGCCUUCACAUAUUUAUACAACAAUUAUGCUGGUGCCAGAAGAGCAGUGGAGAACUUGGUAAAGAAAGAAAUAAGGAAAGGUGUAAAGAAUCUCCUUAAUGACAAAGAGGGAAGUCUUCUUAAGAAAUGCAACUUGGAGAACAUAAAAAAAUUCAGUUGGUCAGCUAUUCUGUCUGAUGUUGCGAAGUACAUUCCCAUUCUGUAUUCAGCAUUAAUUGCCACCGUUGCCAGUCCAUCCAACGAGAAAAAUCUUCGAUCAAGAGUUCGCAAUAAACCAUUGGCUCCUGGUAUUGGACUAGCAGUUUCAGUCCUUCUCCAUUUGUAUUCCCCAUUGAAAGUGAAGUUUGUGCAGGGGUUGAAUUCUAUUGAAUUAUGGAGAUGUGGUGCACAAAGAAAGGCAUUUCUGCACUUGAAUCAGUUGGGAUUCUGCACAAGCAAGAACACAGCUUUGAGACUGAUAUCUCAAUUAAGAGUGCAUUCAGAUGAGGAUUUGUUGUAUUUGAAAAGGGUCAUUGAGCACCAGAUGGAAGCAGGUACUUUGGAAACAUGUUUAGAGAGUGAUACUGAUAUAGAUAUCAGUGAACUGAGCUCUGAGGAAGUAGUUCAGUCCUCAGGGACUGACGUAGGUACCUCAUCAGGCUCUCUUCAAGAGGACUCUGAGGAUUCUGUUUCCGGAGAUGAUGAAGAACUGAACACAAUUGAAAGUGUUUCGGAUUUAGUUCCAUAUUCACGGGGAUUUUGUAUCACAUGGGACAAUGUUGGGAAAAUGGUAAAGGCCUGUCAUCAGAGUACAGAACGGCAAAAUAAAAUGAUGCUAUGGGCUUUGGCUUACUGUGCGGAGAACAGAAUUCCUACAACACACUUAACAAACAGUUAUGUGAAUGCUUCAGAUAUACCGCUCCAGAAGUUUUUGCCAAUGGAGGAAGACAUCACCGAAAUCAAACAGCGCAUGGAGGUCAUUGUAGCAAGGAUCAUACAGAAGGAGAUGCCUUACUUUAAUAGCUGCAAAGUUGUUCCUCACAUCAGACACAAAUUCUGGAGAGAGUCUAGCAGGAAGAGUAAAGUAAUAAAUCUUGGAGUCUGUCAGGAAAAUCCCUCAACCACCACUGGGACCAUCAAGAUUAUGGAACAACUGCAUGAGUAUGUUCCACGACAGGGGGAUGAACUCUUCCAACUGAUAUGUUUUGGCGAUGGAUUGUCUUGUGAGAGACACAAUGAUGCUCACAUGGCUCGUUCAAAUGGAGAAUCAAUGCUCUCAAGACUACAGGGAUUGCAGCCUCAGGUUCAAGAAUUUCACAAGAGAAUGCUACUUAUGCAGGAUCUAAUGGACACAUUUUUCCAUGGAAGCAGUGCAGCAGAAAAGGGAACUCUUUUCCAUCUGAAAAAUGUUUUUGGACACAGGUCUGUUAAGAAAGAUGAAAGAGAGACAUUUAACCAUGCAGCAGACUUUAUAAAGUUUGUAACGCAUGGUUAUGUCCUCCUGGCAACGAUGGAUAUGUGUGGUAUGGAGAGCAUAGGGGGCCCUCCUAAUCUACCGGAAGAUGGAGAUGAUGACACCCUCCUGACAGAUGUUGCUAGAAGAGUUGUCCAACUCAUCUGGCAUAGUCCUAGAGUGGAAAAAAUCCUUGGCAGCGAUGCAGAUGAGGAAGACAGCUAUAUUUACUGCCUUUGUAAAAUAGAUCUUGGAGAUGAUGUCCCAAUGAUCUACUGCUCCGGUAUUCAUUGUCCAGGGAAUAACUGGUUCCAUCUACAGUGUUUGCACAUGGAGGAUGAUGAUGUUCCUGAUGAAGAGUUCUACUGUUCUGAUGAUUGCAGGAAACGUGCUGUUUAUAAAUACUGCAACUGCCAUGUGGACAUGGGACAGUAUGAGCCGAUGAUGGGGUGUGACAAUCCGAAUUGCAGGAAUGAGUGGUUUCAUUUGAAAUGUGUAGGACUGAAAAAUGCACCAGCUGGAAAAUGGUUCUGCAGCAAAGAAUGUAGGAUAGCAGGUUUGAAGAGGAAUUUGAAGGCUGAUACAAAGGAGGAUGGUGUGUUCAAUUACAUAACAGCACUGAUGUUUGUAGGACUGAUGGAUCUUGUCCGUCAUGAUGCUGUCCGGGAAAAUGAUGGAACAGCCAUGAUGUCCCAUUGGCGACUGGAUAUGAUCCUUUUCCAUAACAACCAUCAUCCCAAAUAUGUCUUACUUGGACACAGACUGUUAGCAGGGGUGGCUGGCUGGCUUCCAGAGCGUCUUGCCAUGGACAGUAUCUGGAAUAGAACUGUCAAUUUAGCAGGUGGUCCUGGUAGAAAUUUGGAAUGUGAUAUGGUAAACGAGUUCUUGAACAAAGAGUUUAAAGAGUCCCUGAAGGGUGCAGGAGGCAAUUUAACAGAGGAAACAAUCCACAGACAUAGCCAACUAGCUGGAGGUUUGGGCAGAGUCAUUGACAAAGCUUAUGCUGAGUCCGUUGAGGCACACCUCUCUGACUUCAUUAGGAAAGACCAUACAAGUUACACCAAGGAUUUGGAACUGUUUGUUAAACUGCUUCUACCAGAACAGUUUUUUAGGUAUAGCCCUGGAAGAAGCUUCAAAAGCUACCCUGAUUUCAAUUUCUCAAUCGAAUCCAGGCACCCGGAAAGAUUGAAGAAAAAACUGUGCCAGCUUUCUAAAAGACUUGAUAAAAUCCGGAGGUGCACAGCAACAGAUUAG